AUGGCUGCCCCUCAAGGAUACCCUCUCUUGUGUCUGGAGAACCCCCUCCUUGAUAUUCAGGGUGUGGGUGAUGCUGCUCUCCUGGAGAAGUAUGGCCUGAAGGACAACGAUGCCAUCCUCGCCGAGGAUAAGCACAUGGGACUCUAUGAGGAAUUGCUCCAGAACCAUGAUGCAAAGCUGAUAGCCGGUGGUGCCGCUCAGAAUACCGCCCGUGGAGCCCAGUACAUUCUCCCUGAGAACUCGACUCUCUACAUUGGCUGCGUCGGACGUGACAAGUAUGCCGAUAUCCUCAGGGAGACCUGCAACAAGGCCGGUGUUCACACCGAGUAUCGCGUUGAUGAUGUCCAGCCUACCGGCAAGUGCGGUGUGAUCAUUACUGGCCAUAACCGUAGCAUGUGCACUCAUCUUGCCGCGGCCAAUGAGUACAAGAUUGAGCACCUGAAGCAGCCUCAUAUCUGGUCCCUCGUUGAGAAGGCUCAGUUUUUCUAUAUCGGUGGUUACCACCUGACUGUGUGUGUGCCUGCCAUCCAGGCUCUUGGAGAAGAGGCUGUUGCAAAGAACAAGGUCUUCAUGCUCUCUCUUUCUGCUCCCUUCAUUCCUCAGUUCUUCAAAGAUCAGCUUGACAGUGUCAUGCCGUACACCGACUACACAUUCUGCAACGAGACUGAAGCUCGUACUUAUGCUGAAAGCCACUCAUGGGGCACCGAUGAUGUGGUUGAGAUUGCCAAGAGACUGGCCCAGUUGCCCAAGAAGAACACGAGCCGCCCAAGGGUGGCUGUUGUGACCCAAGGUACCCUGCCUACUGUCACUGCCACUGUUAAGCCCAACGGUGAAGUCGAGGUCAAGCAAUUCAGCGUGCAUGAAAUUGAGAAGAGCAGCAUUAACGACACCAAUGGUGCCGGUGAUGCGUUUGCUGGUGGCUUCUGUGGUGGCGUUGUGCAGGGCAAAUCUCUUGAAGAGAGCGUGGACAUGGGCCAGUGGCUUGCUAGACUUAGCAUCCAGGAGUUGGGGCCUUCGUUCCCCUUCCCCAAGCAGACCUACACCCCCUCCAACCGGUCAUAA